AUGUUCAAACGGUUAUUUAAAAAAAAAAAGAAGGAGGAUGAUGCUAUUGGUGCCUCAUCUUCUAGAAGAAAGAUUGAUCCGCCUCCUGUCAGCUGGAAGCAUUCAUGGCCACAAACCGACACACGAAAUGCAUUAGCUAGAUCUCCGUUCAAUCGUAUUCCUACUGAGAUUCUCUUACGCAUAUUUCAAUUACUUUCCGUUCCUGACCUAUGCAACGUAUCACUCGUUUGUCGAUUGUUCAAAAUGGUUGCGGAUCAAGAUGAUAUUUGGAAAUUAAAGUGCAAUACUUCAACGAAGUUAUAUUCAAAAUCGUUCAAACAAACUUACAUGGAUUGGAUGUACGAGAAAUAUUUGCGAAGUGAAGAACUAAAGCGAAACUUAGCGAAUAGGAAGUAUUUUGGGCGACUAGGAUGUGUCAUGUGUUCACCUCCAAGCUAUCCGGUUCGACCAAUAGCCGCACAUCCACUUGAAUCUGUUGGUGGUUUUAGCCAACACCCAAAUUCUUCAGCAGAUAUGUAA